AUGAAGUAUCUCGCUGCAUACCUCCUCCUCACCAUUGGUGGAAAGGCUUCCCCUUCCGCUAAGGACAUCACCACCGUUCUCGAGUCCGUUGGAAUUGAGAUCGACCAAGAGCGUAUCGAUACUCUCAUCAAGGAGCUUGACGGAAAGGACAUCAACGAGUUGAUCGCUGAGGGUUCCUCCAAGUUGGCCUCCGUCCCAUCUGGUGGUGCCGGUGCUGCCCCAGCUGCUGGUGGAGCUGCCGCUUCCGGUGGUGCUGCUGCUGAGGAGAAGGUUGAGGAGAAGGCUGAGGAGAAGGAAGAGUCCGACGAGGACAUGGGUUUCGGUCUUUUCGAUUAA